AUGUCGUUCAAGCGUCGGAUGCUGGACCAUUACGUUUCGAGCUCUCGGACGGAUCUGGGACGUAGUACUAGCUCGAGUUCAGGGUCGUCAGCGACAUCCAUCUCUUCCUCAUCCGCGACUGCUGCCGGCACCACAUCAGCUAUCUCUUCGGCGGCAAGCUUGACUCCCGCGUCUUCAUCGGACAUCGGCGCCGCCACGGCAUCCAGCGAUUCUGCCAACAAUGGCGUUAAUGGAACACAGGAUCGACAUCAUAACAACGACCUCGCGAUAGGACUCGGAGUCGGGCUCGGUAUUGGUCUGCCGUUACUUGCCGUCCUCCUUGUAUUAUGCUUCUGCUUCCGACGACGUCGCAAGCGAAGUGCAAACAGUAUGCCUCGUGGCCAGCACCCUACCAUUUCCAGGCCAAUGCAGCAGCAAAGUCUCCGUGACUCGGAUCAACAACCCAUCAUCCCUCCAAUCCCAGCUCCGGUAGUAUUUCCGGACCACCAGAGUCAAACGACGCACCGACAUAGCGGUACCACUGUUAACAGCGUGGCGGAAUCCUACCACGGUCCGUUUGAGUUCGAAGGACAAGAUGGACGCGACUUCGACACCAAGAGUGUAGUCAGCGAGUACGAUCAGCGGAGUGGCAGAUGGGGAACACCGACUGGCCGUAGGAGUGCCAGCGGCAGUACACGGACCGCGACACCCAGCAAUCAUGGUCGAAGCAGACUCCGGAGCAUCGACGAGCAGAUGCCUCCGCGAAUGGUGACUCCGCCACAGUGGCCACUGCGGUCAUAG